CAAUUCUUUUAAAUCACAUGAUCCAAAGGAAACCGAAAGAAACUACAAACAUUAAAAGCUGCGUGGCCUCAAACAAAACACAUAAAUGCACAAGAAGAUAACACCAAACAGGCAUCAACAGCUACUGGACACCAUCAGAUGUAUUACUGGAGGUAAACCAUCACCACGCCUUUUCACAGGCACAGCAACUAAGCAAUGAUGAAUUGGGUGAAAAGACAGUUCACAUCUUCCCCCACUUCUCCUGAGCCAUGGAGGGACAUACCAUGGAGCCAUAAAAACAGAGACCUGCAGUAUGUGAAUGAUUAUCAGCCUCAUAACAGUGAGGUCCAACAGCUCAGAAUUCUGCUUCAUGGACCCUCUGGUUCUGGCAAGUCCAGCUUCUUCAACUGUGUUGACAGCGCUUUACAAGGCAGAGUCACUGGUCGGGCUUUGGUAGAUGCAAUCUCUCACGACAGCUUCACCCAAAAAUACAAAAGUUACAAAUUCCAAAAAGGAGGACCAGGGACGUUUUACCCUUUUGCCUUCACUGACAUCAUGGGCCUUGACAGGGAAACCAACAGAGGAGUUUCUGUGGAAGACAUCAAACUGGCCAUGAUGGGACACAUUAAAGAUGGAUAUACUUUCAAUCCUCUCAGUAAAAUAUCCGAGAAUGAUCCAGACUACAACAAAGACCCCGCUCUGAAGGACCAAGUUCAUGUUCUGGUUUGUGUCGUCUCUGCUGAGACAUUGAACAUCCUGAGUGAUGAACAUGUAGCAAAGAUGAGGGAAGUCAGACUGGCAGCCAGAGACAUGGGAAUUCCCCAAGUGGCCAUUCUCACCAAAAUUGACAGAGCCUGUCCAGAGGUCAAAAAAGACAUAAAGAACGUGUAUAAGAGCAAGCACCUGAAGAAACAGAUGGAGGAACUGAGUGCGGCGCUUGGUAUUCCAGAGUACUGCAUCUUUCCUGUGAAGAACUACCACUCAGAGAUCGACACAGACGAUGACACUGAUACACUGAUACUGAGCGCACUGAGACGCAUCAUUAACUUUGGAGAGGAUUUUGUCAACAGCCUGUAGACCUCCAUACUGCUGAGGCUUUAUCACAGUGUGGAAAAAAAGUCCAUUUGUGAACAGGAAUGACAUAAAGGGCUUGUAUUUACAUGCAUGUAAUGCAUACAGUAUCUGCUAUAUGGUAUGUUGUGUCGCUUCUACCUUGCUGGAUAAAGUAUAAAUAGGCUGUGCAUCAACUGGAGGUAGUUAAAACCUAGAUGUGCAUAAAGCAGGCUUGGAUCAUUCUCAAUAUCCACUUAGAGUUUAGAAUCAUAAAGUAGUUGGUUAUGCUUUGUUGAUGCAGGUGGUAAUCUCUGGUGUUAAACAGGUCAAAAGAAAGCUAAACGUCUCUGUUAAAACUGGGCAUAGACUUUGUUUUUAGACGACUAGCUACAUUUAUCUUUAGUUCCGACAGUGAUUUCUGUUUGAGUGUUUGGACCUGCUCUACACUGAAAGAUUGUGCUACAGUACUGCUGUUCAGGUAAAACCAC